AUGUCCGGUCCAACGGACCCAGCUUCGCGCGACUUCGCGACGGCUUCGAUUCCGCCCGCCGAGCUUCCUCCAACUACCGCACAACCGCCUGGAGACAGCCAUGUGCACUAUGCGCUUCGUAUCGACCCUACCCUUGCCCGCGACGUGCCCGCGGGUGUGCUCGGCCGCUCCGACACCGAAGCCGCAUUGAGCCCCGGUAUGCGACGUCGCCUAACGCGCGCUGGAACGUUCAGAACGGUGGACGACUUUGAGGACUUCGCCGUUCAGCCGGGCUGGCACCCUGGUGCCGAACCAGGCGUGGAUCCAAGCAAACCGGAUGGCGGACAUGCUUCGAUCCCGACACUGCGCCGCCCUUGCGAAAUUACUGUCGUCGACUUCUCCCAGGACCAGCUAUCGAUCCAGAAGUUCGAUAACGAGACGCUGGCCGCAUUUCUGAGCAAGCCACAGCCGGUUUGGGCCAAAUGUCGCUGGGUCAAUGUUAACGGUCUCAGCUGGGAUGUCAUCAAGUCUCUUGGGCGGCACAAGAACCUUCACAGCCUAGCCAUUGAAGACACCAUGAACACGAGAAACAGAACAAAGGCGGAUUGGUACCCUACGCAUGCCUUUGUGGUCCUGACCCUUCAGAAGCUAGUGCAUCUCUAUGAGGGCGAGAGCGAGGAUUCGGACUUUGAGGAUGACGCCCGCAGCCGGAAAAGCGGAUUAAGCAAGCGUAGCGCGAAGUCGUCAAGGAGGUGGCUCAGGCGGCUGCGGAGAGCGUUCCGCAGUAGGACCGCUGACGAGCAGGAGAAAGACCUGGGCACAGGCAACACGUCCGUUCCCGAGGAUUCCGGAGGAUACAUCAAGCCGCAGCCCGCUGGUUUCUUGGACGUCCCGGACAUCAGUCUGCUGCGCACGCUGCAGCGUUAUCAUGCCUCGCCAAACGACCCUCGGGCAGAGUACAUGGAAAAGAACUCUGCCUUGUCCUCUCGAAACCUGGCCGUGGCAUGCGAGCAGGUAUCCAUGUUUAUCACCAACGACAACACUAUCAUCAGCUUCUUCGAACAGUCGGCGCAGGACGUCGAGGGUCCCAUCAUCCGGCGCCUCCAAACAACCGACACCAUCAUUCGACAAUCAUGUGAUGCCUCCAUGGUUGGUCAAGCUAUUAUAGACGCCAUAAUCGACUUGGCGAUUCCCGUUGCGGCUUGCUACGGUGACGUGAUUGGGGACCUCGAACUCGAUGUCUUGAACCGGCCUGAUAUGGGACAUACAAAGACCCUCUACAUCCUCAUCGCCGAGAUCAACAAGAUACUGGCAUUCAUCAACCCCAUCACGUCACUCAUCAACGCUCUCCGUGACCACAAAGCGGACGUGUCACAGGAUGCUGUCAUGGCACAUCUGCUGGAUCCGAACCACGGCGUGAUUAUCACCCCUUUGACGUACACAUAUCUUGGAGACGUCCUGGACCACUCUAUUCUGAUAACCGAGACGCUUAAUCGGCUCAAGGACUCGGCCGAAGGCAUGAUUGGCCUCAUUUUCAACACCAUAUCAGCCUACCAGAACGAAUCCAUGAGGCAGCUCACGGCAGCAACCAUUAUUUUUUUACCCCUGACAUUCAUUACAGGAUAUUUCGGCCAGAAUUUCGAACCCUUCGAUGUCCGGUACCAAGAUGUCGGCUACUUCUGGAAGAUAGCCGUCCCCGUGGUCAUCUUUACCGCCCUCAUCUUGCUCAGAGAGGCCAUAUAUGACUACUUCAGGGCACUCUUACAGCGGCGCUAUAUCCUGCGUUUGAAGCGAAACCGUUCAAGUGGGCGGCGGAGGCGGUUGGCUUGA